GGCCUACUUCUACUGACCGGCCGUUACACUGAAGCCAAACAUAUAAUACUUGGUUUCGCGGGAACUCUGAGACACGGAUUGAUUCCAAACCUAUUGGACGGCGGGAGGAAUGCUCGCUAUAAUGCGAGAGACGCUGUCUGGUGGUGGUUGCAGGCCAUCAAAGACUACUGUCUACUCGUACCAAAUGGUGUGCAACUGUUAUCAGAGCCGGUCCGCAGGCUAUACCCGACUGAUGACUCGCCAGCACUUCUGAGCGCCGAUAAUAUAGUAGAGGAACCGCUCUCUAAGACCAUCCAAGAGGCUCUUCAAAGACAUUUUGAUGGCAUUGAUUUCAUUGAGAGAAAUGCCGGCAAACAGAUCGAUGAACACAUGACUGAAGAAGGAUUCCAUAUACGAGUGGGUGUUUCUCGUGACACCGGCUUUGUAUUUGGUGGCAAUGCCUACAACUGCGGCACAUGGAUGGACAAAAUGGGCUCAUCGGCUAAGGCUGGCAAUAAGGGUCGGCCGAGUACUCCACGCGAUGGAUCGGCUGUUGAGCUGAUAGGUCUGAGCAAAUCUGUGGCCACAUUUUUGGCCGAUUUGUCCGACAAAAAUCAAUACCCGUUUAAAGGGAUCAAAGAAAGUGAUGGAAAAGAGUUUACGUUUAGGGAAUGGGGGCUUAAAAUUAAAGAUAAUUUUGAGAAAUAUUUCCAUAUUUCCGAUGAUUCUAAUGAUGAGCUCAUUAACCGUCGGCUCAUA